UAUAGAUCUACUGAAGAAUGGAAUCUACUAACAGGAGCUCAAGGGAGUGCCAUACAAAUCCAGUGAGCAGAAAAAGAUGCAACUAUCGAGUAAGGUGUUUCUAUUCAAAAGGAGCAUUUCUUGUCUUAUUAUGGACUACAUUUAUUAGUGCAACUUUGUGGUCUUUUGUGUCAGAUUUGGGACAAAAGUUCCUCAAAUAUUCAAUCCAGGAAGAAUUUUAUCUGAUACUAAUAGUGCUAUCAUGUUUAACUUGCAUUGCUAUCCCACUGCUAGGAUGGUUAGCAGAUGCCAAGCUUGGAAACUACAGAGUCUUCAAAGUAAACAGCUAUUUUACACUAGCUGCAUUGCUAUUUGGCUCCCUUCACGUUCUCUACUUCCCCAUGCUAAAUUCUAUUGCGCUACAGUAUACAAGUGAAGUCGUUUUAGUACUAGUAGACGCAGUGGGUAUAGCAAGUAUCUUAGUUUGCAUAACGACAGCUUUACAGCUUGGUCUAGAUCAAAUGCCGGAUGCUUCAUCCACUAAUAUUUCAAGCUUUAUCAGUUGGUUUGUGUUUUCAAUUAUUUUCGGGUGCUGGAUUCCCAAAUUGCUAUCAAAUUCGCUCCUUUAUUGCACAUCAUUGUCGGAAAGAAACAAAGUGGAACUUUUUAGUUUGUUUUCAGUCACUGUAUGGUGAUCAUUUGUUCUUCAAUGUUUCUGCUAGCUCCAAAAUGGCUAAUUAUAGAGCCAAAGUCACCUCAAGCCCUUAAAACUAUCUACCAAGUUCUCAAGUUUGCAGCCAAGCACAAGGCUCCUAUUUAUCGCAGUGCUCUCACAUACUGGGAGGAAAACGUACCCUCUAGAUUAGACCUGGGGAAAACAAAAUUUGGUGGACCGUUCACUACAGAGCAAGUUGAAGAUGUGAAAACCUUUCUAAGAAUACUCGUGUUGUCUUUUCCAAUAUUCAUAAUUUUAGAAGCAUGUGCAGGCAUUUAUAACAAUGCUAGAUCCACGGAGUUUGACAAAACACUGAAGGAUUAUCUCAACCUCAACAUCACUGAAUGUGCUUCAAACAUGGUAUAUAUUUUUAGUUUCAACCCUUGGUUGAGUGGUAUUGUUGCAACAGUAGUUUACGAAUUUGCAUUGCAUCCAUUGGUAAGAAACAAAGUUUCUAGAUCUAUCCAGCGAAUUGGAGGUGCAGCUCUGUUUAGCCUGUUACAGAGUAUUCUAAACUUGGCUAUCACAUUCAGUCCAUAUGCGUGGGUAUCAGUAUUUUACACGGGAACUCUCAGUGGUUUUGUAUUUGCACUAUUGACAAAUGGCAUUUUGGAAUUUGUGUGUGCCCAGUCACCAUACAAUAUGCGUGGACUUCUCACAGGAUAUGUGAUGUUUAUAUUGCUUCUCUCACUAUCUCUGAACUACCUUAUCAAAUUUAUACUAAUUUCAAGGCAUAUAUAUUUACAAUAUCACAUUGUCCCUUCAUUAUUAACUGCACUGAGUCUGUUUGGAUUGGUCCUGUACUGCCUCCUGGCUCGUUGGUAUAAGAGGAGAGUUAGAGACGAGGAGUACAAUGCACACAGAGUCGUGGAGGAAGUAUACGAUCGAUACCUUGCUAAUGUACAGUAGACACUGACAUGACCACAAUAAGUAUAAUUAUGUCCAAACAAAAUUAAUGCUCUGUUUGUUUUACUAUAACCACGUUAAGUCUUUGCUUUAUUGAA